GCAAUACCGUCCGGUUCUCGGCCGAUCCCCAACAGUGGGCUUACGCCAUACUUAGAAGGGUCAUCGUCAUCGAGAAGAUGCCAGGCUCGCGCUCGGACCUCUUCGAGAGCGGAGUCCGGCGUGUCGUGCCGCCCGCUCACAGUGAUUUCUUCGUCGUCUGGGUGCUGUGCAUGGCGGCGAUCGGGAUUGUCGGCGUCCCGGUGGGACUGCUCGCCGUCCACAGGAUGCGCGCCGAAACGAGCGCCCACCUUGGCGACACCGGUAAGGGCUGGCCCGGGGCGCUGCCCUUCCGGGACCGCUACGUGGCGCCCGAGCAGGUGCCCGUGCGGAUGCCGCGCCAGUGCCUCCUGGCGGACGAGCCCGGCAACCUGACCUUCGACCUCGCCAAGCAGUACGUCGGCCCCGGGCCCACCGUUGGCAGGGGCGGCGGCAGACUUUCGCCGGGCUCGAAGGCUGCGCUGCAGGUGUUCUGCUACUACAACAAGAGCCGCGUCAGCUGGCUGCAGGGAGGCAAGACCUGGUACUUCGCGGCAAACCUUCUCGAGUGGGCGCUGGAGCACGGCUUCUCCGGAGUCCACCUCGACUGGCGCGGCCUGGAGUCGCCGCUGUGCGGGCGGCCCGGAAACGACGCCGCGCUCGAGGCCGUCCUGCGGCAGCUGCGCGACCUGGCCCAGCUGAACCGCGUCCCGCUAAUCCUGGCCCUGUCGGCGUCUGCCGUGCCCGCGGCGCCCGGCGACCUGGUCGACUACUACUUCCUGGAAGCGGGUGACCGUCGCUGCGCCGACCUGGAGGAGGCCGGCCUGGACACGCUCUACCGUAAGCUUCGCGAGUCCGAGGCAUCCGCGUUCUCCGUGUGCUGGGCCGUGUCGGCGGCCGUGGAGGCGUUCGAGAGGACCGCCGGAGUCGUGGGAACCCACCUAAGGUUCGCAGGUCUGGUGCCGCGCAGCCGGGUCUGCAACGUGCAGGCCAACGACAGCUUCCGGGAAUGCAGCGCGGGCGAGCUGCCGAAAAACGCGAAGCGCGGAUUCGUGUUCCGGUACCGAGCUGCGGACAAAGUGGCGACGAAUGUGCGCCACUACGCCAAGGUAUGGAAGGGUCUCGACCUCCGCACCGACCCCAUGUGCGUGCUCUACGUAGAUGGCGACUUCGACGACCCGGCCGGAGAGUGCGGAGAUCCGUUUCCCUUGCUGCGAGCGAUGCUCGCGUCGUGAGACGCCGAUGGUGUGGUCUCGAAUAUGAAAGACGUUGUAUACGUGUACUGCGCCGCGAUUUUCAAAUAGCGAAACAAAAUGUCCAAGGUAACAGUAAGAAUAAAACUGACAGUCACUUAAGUAUCCUUACGUGAUUCGAAUGCGAAAGCAUUAUGAAUUCUCUAAUUGCUUGGUUACGUUCACGAUACUUGCCGUCAUACUCACACAUUGUCACGUGUCCUUCGCAAGUCUGCCUUAAUGCACCUUGCUCUAAAUUGCACCAACCUUAAUUCACCUAACUCAAUUAUAUUUCCACCUUAAUCCACCUUGCUAUAAUUUGUGCCAACCUUAAUUCAC